GUUGCUUUUCUUGGCCGACUCUCUCUAUUCUCUACUAUAUAUUCGCAAUCCCCAAUACACACACAAACACAACAACAAAAAAACCCUAUACAGCAAUCCUAGCAGCCUCUCAGCGUUCCUCUUCCUCACUAGUUUUCCCAGCGAAUCCAACUACUUUGUCAAUCAUGGCCAUCCUCUCUGAUUAUGAAGAAGAUCAGCAGAAUCAACAACCUUCUUCUUCUAAGAAAGAGAUCAUUCUUGCUGAGAAAGAAGCCGAGGCCAAAAAGCCAGAGGAGGAGGAGGAGGAGGAGGAGAAGCAACAGAAAGAGAAGAAACUUGUUCCCAACAAAGAAAACGGCCUAGAUAUGGAGAAUUAUUCAUGGGGUCAGUCCCUUCAAGAAGUCACUGUAAACGUGCCAGUCCCACAAGGCACUAAAUCCAGCCUUCUUUUGUGCGACAUAAAGACGAACUCUUUGAAGGUUGGGCUCAAGGGUCAGCCUCCAAUCAUCGAUGGAGAGCUAUUCAAGCCUGUGAAAGUUGACGAUUGUAUUUGGAGUUUGGAGGAUAAGAAGAUGAUCACUAUUCUUAUUUGCAAGAGAGAUCAGAGCGAGUGGUGGAAAUCUUUGUUGAAGGGUGAUCCAGAGAUUGACACACAGAAAGCUGAACCAGAGCCAAGCAAGUUGUCUGACUUGGACUCCGAGACUCGUUCUGCUGUGGAGAAGAUGAUGUUUGAUCAGAGGCAGAAACAGAAGGGACUACCAACAAGCGAUGAGAUUCAAAAAGAAGAGUUGAUGAAACAAUUCAUGGCUCAGAAUCCCAACAUGAAAUUCCCUCCGGGAGCUAAGUUCAUGUGAGAUUAGGAAGACAAUGAAAGAUCUAAUCUUUUUAGUUAUAUGCAGUUCUAAUUUCUAUUGCUUUUGUUUAGGAUUAAGGAUUUGUUUACAAAUUUAAGCAUGUGAUCAUGUGCUAUUCAAUAUCAAUUGUGGGCUUUUUAGUUUUAUUAAACUUCAAUUUUUGGUUGGAUUUA